AUGCCAGUAGUAUAUGAACUGUUAACGAAUGUUUACCUUUACCGAGUGUUAAAUAGUAAUAUCAACAACCCGAACCACAUCGAUGAUCCUUUCGUUCAUGUCCAUUCUUUUCUUUCAGGCGCCUACACCUGCAUAUACGCCGAAUUUCGGUUAAAACGGGACAUUCGGUUUUACCUCUUGAACAUCUACGCACCAACCAUAGUUGUCGUCAUCCUCUCCUUCGUCAAUUUCUUCAUCGACCCCGUGGCAGUUCCAGCCCGAGUGUCCAUUGGCUUAAUCACCGUCCUAACCAUCACUACCCAGAGCGUCAGCCUCCAGGAGCGUCUCCCCAGGGUGUCUUAUAUCAAAGCAGUUGACGUGUGGUUGGCGAUGUGCCUGCUGUUUGUCUUUGGUUCCGUUUUGGAGUAUGCGUUUGUUAAUGUUCUGCUGCAAAAGGAACGAAAAAGAAGGCGGCAAGAAGCAGAACAGUUGAUUGGUGAAAGUAAAAGGAAUACCAAUACUUCUUUUCUUGGAUCGAUUGAUUCAGUGGACCAGGUUGACGGUAGCGUCAGCUCCGUGGACGUACAGAUUGAGAACCACGUGAUCAGCACAAAGGUCAAACAUCUGGCAUGGGAUGCCAACAAGGUGGACAGGGCAUCAAAAUACGUCUUUUUCGUUGGUUUUGUGGUUUUUAAUAUCGGAUAUUGGUUCCUUUAUUUGUUGCUUUUGGCAAAUUAGUGAAAUGAUAGGCGCCUUUCUAUUUCAGUUGGGACAGAUUAAUUUAGUACACGUAUAUAAUAUCUAAGCAACCCAUCAGCGGAGCCGCAGUAGACUUUGAAGUUAAAGCUAACAUGGCGAAGGACCUGGUAACAGACUGAUGCCAUAGGCUCCCUGUGGUAAAAAAUUGCUAGACUGCUAAAAAUUCUCACUUUAAGGCGUCACAUCUUGAGUGGCAAUGCGCCUUAAGGUGUCAAAAUGUAAAGAGAGACGACGGAGGUGGUCGGCAUAUGUCUUAAGU